GCAGCAGCAUCAUCCGAGUUAGGCGCCGUAAGCAGUGCGAAGGAGCAGGCAGACGAUCGUCGACUAACAGCCAACUAACUAGUUGGUCGCAAGUGUACGUACUGAGUACUGCCACGCGCAACUGCCACGGCUUGGGUGGGCAGCUUGGCGGCUCCACCCGAGCGCUGUUCCUGCUGCUGUGCCUGCGCUGCUCUGCUCUUGCCUGCUCUAUUAUUUAUUUUAUCUCGCCUCUCGUCCUCCUCUCCUCUCCUCGACUUCUCAUUCCUCACCUCCCAUCUCCCCCCGGCACCGUGUUCACCAUGAUCUUUGUUCUCUAACACACGUAGUGAUGCUCAUCGACGGUGAGAAGUGGGCUUGUGAAGCUUGCGUGCGAGGCCACCGCGUGUCAAGCUGCCGACACCAUGAUCGACCAUUGAUUCGAAUCAACAAAAAGGGCCGGCCGUUCUCUGUCUGCUGUAUUUGUCGCGGUCCCUGCACGGACCGAGAGGAGCAUAGCAAGCUCAACCGCGACAAAAAGUCUGAUGGUGAGACGAUACUCGCCACCCCUGCUUCCGUCCACCGCCAGCUCCCGCUCCCGGUCGCGCUCGAUGGCCACGCGGCCGCCGCCAACCACCAGCUUCGAAAUGUCGACUACGCACAUGGCCGCGACCGCUGCGCCCGUGGUGUCCGCUCCGCUGGGCUACCCGUACGUGACGUUGCCGACCAUGGAGGAACCGCUCCUCCAGCCCGCCCAUCCUUUCCCGUCGCCGUAUCCGGAUGAUAUCAUGUUUGGAUCGCUGUCUGACAGCAGCUUUGUGCCGGACUCGAUGUAUUCUGGAUUCGAAGACGUGGACGCUCUU